AUGGAGUAUAAAAUAGGAAAUAAUUCUUCAGUUGAAACAAAUCUCAGUAAACAAAAAGUUCAGAUAGACCUAAAAAGCGAGCAUAGUGACUCUGAUUCAGUUGAGGCAACUGAUCUAAACUCUGAUUAUGUGAGCAUUUUGCUUGAGAAAUUGGGAUACCAUAGCAACGAUAUCACCGAUAUACCAGAUGAAUUAAACUUCAUUUUAGUGUCCUCAGAGAAAUUAACAUUAGAAGAGGCAGUAGAAGUGUUAAAAGCUGCGGUAGAAGAUCAUGCUGAGGAUGAGAAUAUACCACAUCAUCAAUAUGACGACUGGGUUAGAUUAUCAACAAUUACUGAUUUGGCCACCAAUGACUUGGAUGUUUUCCUCAGUAAAUGUUAUGGUGCCAUGAUUAAGUUUUCUUCCCCGUAUUUAGAAGUGAGGGCUGUUGUAGACCAAGUAGACGACCCCACUAUUCCGGUAGAAACUGUGAGGGCUUAUUUCUUAGCAAUAAUCUGGAGUAUUGUUGGUUCUGGAUUCAACGAGUUCUUUUCUCACAGAUUAAUUUCAAUCUCUGUUUCCACAUCUGUUAUUCAAAUUGUCUUAAAUUUCUGUGGUACAUUUUGGGCUAAUUAUUUGCCAUGUUGGGGGUUCAAUAUUGGGGGAAAGAGAAUUGCUUUGAAUAUAAGCACACCAUGGACAAAGAAAGAACAAAUGUUCUCCACUCUAUUGUUUGCAAUCUCAAUGGGAACUUUUUAUACACAUUACAAUAUUUUAACAUUGAAAAUGAAGUACGACAUUCAUCUAGGUUUUGGUUACCAAUUUUUGCUUUCUCUUUCGGUUCAAUUUUUAGGGUUUGGGUUUGCAGGAAUCCUGAGAAGGUUUGUUGUGUACCCGGUCAAGGCAAUGUGGCCAACAGUCUUACCAACAUUGGCUUUAAAUAGGGCUUUGUGUAAUCGUAAUGGUGGCCAGGCUAGGAGGCAAUACAAAGUUUUUGGUUAUAGCUUCUUAUUCAUUUUCUUUUACAAUUGGUUUCCGACUUAUAUUAUCAAUAUAUUGAACACAUUCAACUGGAUGACAUGGAUUGCCCCAAAUAAUAUACAUUUAGCCAAUAUUACAGGUGGUGUUACUGGAUUGGGAUUUAAUCCAAUCUCUAGUUUUGAUUGGAAUGUUCUGGGUAAUUUGGGGCCAUUGAUCGUACCAUUUUGGUCACUUGUUAACCAGUAUGUCGCAGCAGUAUUUUCGGCACUGAUCGUUAUUGCAGUUUAUUACACAAAUUAUGCUAAUACCCAAUAUCUGCCAAUGUUUACUCAAGGGUUAUACACUAAUACAGGUGAACCAUACUCUGUACAUAUGAUUCUUAACGAAAAAAAUGAAUUGGAUAUUGAUAAGUAUCAAGCUUAUUCGCCACCUUUCUACACAGCUGGUAAUUUGGUCUCAUAUGGUUGUUUCAUUGCGUGCUAUCCUUUAAUGAUUGUCUAUUCAAUGUUUGUUCACACUAAACUAUUAUCUACAUCAUUCAGGAGUUUUGGCAGAAGCAUUAUUUCCCUGCGGAAACGUGAGGCGUGGUCUAACAUAAAUAAUAGUGACGGCGGAUUAUCAGAGUUUCAUGAUAUUCACUCGACAAUGAUGAAAGAAUACAAAGAGGUUCCAGAUUGGUGGUAUUUCUCUAUCUUAGUCAUUGCUCUUGUUAUUGGCAUAAUCGUUGUUGAAGCUUAUCACACAAACACGCCAGUUUGGGGGUUAUUCGUUUCGGUUGGUUUCAACGCAGUAUUUUUAAUCCCAGUCACUUUAUUGCAAUCCAUUGCAGGUAUUUCGUUAGGUCUAAAUUUAUUGAUCGAAAUGAUUAUUGGUUAUGCUUUACCAGGGAACCCUUUUGCAUUGAUGAUUAUUAAAGCCUUUGGGUAUAAUAUCGAUGCUCAAUCCGAUAAUUAUGUCUCUAACCAAAAAAUGGCGCAUUAUGCUAAGAUUCCACCAGUUGCGCUGUUCAGAGGGCAAUGUUUUAUUGUUUUGUUACAAAUAUUUGUUAAUAUGGGUGUCUUGAAUUGGCAGGCAAGCAACAUUAAGGGAUUCUGUACUCCAAAACAAACUGCCAAAUUCACAUGCCCUGAUAUUACAACUUUUUUCAACUCGUCCAUUGUCUGGGGUGCUAUAGGUCCGAAGAGAAUCUUCAACAAUAUAUACCCAAUCUUAAGAUGGUGUUGGUUAAUUGGAGCAUUGCUUGGUUUAUUAUUUGGUGUCAUUAAGAGAUGGCGUCCUAGGUUUCUCCCACGGAACUUUGACCCUGUUGUGUUUGUUGUCGGUAUGCUUUCAUUCAGUCCUCCAUACGGGCUCAUGUAUUUCACGCCAAGUUUCCUUGUAGGUAUUUUCUCUCAAUUCUAUAUUAGAAGAUACCAUGUUAGAAAAUGGGAGAGGUAUAACUAUAUGAUUCAGUCUGGUCUUGCAGCUGGCUUAGUCUUUUCUGCCAUAAUCAUAUUUUUUGCUGUUCAAUAUAAGGGUACUCAACUCAACUGGUGGGGGAAUGAGGUUCCAUAUUCCGGUGUUGAUGCUAUUGGUCUACCAUUGAGAAAUAUCACUGAGCUUCCAAAGGGUUACUUUGGCCCUGAUCCAGGUCAUUACCCAUGA